CUGCUGGCUGACUGCUUGGUACGGCCGACCACCACGCGGGCCGUUCGAAGCCUUCGACUCGGGGCGGCGAGAUCGCGGGAAGCAACACCGACGACGUUUGUAGAAACAAAAAGUGCUUUUGUUAUUUAUUGAAGCACCGGACAGUGAUCCGGACUUAGUUAGUGACUGAUCGGCGGUAGAUUCGGUUGUCUUCCGGAGGACUUCUUUGUUUUGCCUGCUCGGUACGAGGAGGAGACCUCUGAACGCCCACAAGUCCUGUUGAGUGUGUGCGCUCGCCGAGUGCGUGUGGUGACUCCUGACCGGGACGAUUUAUAGUGCAAUUAAUCCGUACUUUUAGAAAGUAAGAACAAGCGAAACAAGUGAAGGUGCAACGGUUAGUUGGGAGGAAUUUGGGCGCGAAAAUCCGGCAAGUCCUAGAGAAGUUCGUCGGUUGAAAUACAUACUCCCCCGAAGUUGUUGAGUGACACCUAAAUAUUGAUCAAAUCAAAAACCGUUGCCUGGACUAUCGUCCAAGUUUAGUGAUAUUGAAACGAAAGUGAACUGAAGGCAGUGCAGUGAAUGUGCAUGUGAAAACUACCUGCCGAGAUAACAAUUAGGAAAACUACGAGGAGGAGAAACACAUACGAAGGUGCCCGUCAAUAACAUCGAGUUGAAAGAUAACCCCGCCAGUGUAAAACAACACCACCAGAAAAAUGCAGUCCCUAGUGGAUAAGAUGAGAUUUCUCUACAAACCGUACGUACUGGCGGUACUAACGAUUGGAUACAUCGCCGGCGAGCUGGGUCACUAUCUGAUCGGUGUCACAUCGAAAGCCACUGCCAUCGAGCUGGACUAUGGGGACCACGCGUGCCAGCAAAACCAUACCGAAGUUCAUCGCCACCUGCUCCCACAGCAGUGCGCCGGAAUCGAGCUGGAACAUGAAUGCCACGGUCAGCACGUGAACGGAACCGUCUACUGCGAGUGGAACUACAACGGUUUGGGGCUGGAGUACCAGCUGCUGGCCGGCCCAAGCUUCAUUGCCGUGUUCACCGUGAUGGGCGUGGUACUCGGUUUUGCCGCCGAUCGGUUCAACCGGGUUCGCAUGCUCUCCAUCUGUACACUGGUCUUCGCCGUCGCCAUCGUGUUCCAGGGGACCGUCAAAGAAUACUGGCAGUUGAUUCUGCUGCGUAUGGUUAUGGCCGCUGGUGAAGCCGGAUGUAACCCACUGGCCACCGGUAUCAUGUCGGAUAUCUUCCCCGAAAGCAAGCGGGCGCUGGUGAUGGCCAUUUUCAACUGGGGAAUCUACGGCGGGUACGGAAUUGCGUUCCCCGUCGGACGGUACAUCACCAAGCUGGAUAUUUGGGGCCAGGGCUGGCGAAUUUGCUAUUUCGGAACUGGAGUGUUGGCACUGAUCAUGGCCAUCCUUACGGGAACCACGCUGAAGGAACCGGAACGCAAGAGCAUCGGCGAAGAAGCGUCCGGCAAGGGAAAGGUCUCGCUGGUCAAAGCUCUGAUGCAGCCACGUGUCAUUCUGUUGAUGAUUGCGGCCUCGAUUCGUCACUGCGGUGGAAUGACCUUCGCCUACAAUGCCGAUUUGUACUACAAUAUCUACUUCCCGGAUGUGGACCUCGGCUGGUGGCUGUUUGCUGUGACGAUCGGAAUCGGAAGCAUCGGUGUGGUGAUCGGAGGAAUCGUUUCGGACAAGUUCGUGGCCAAGAUGGGUAUCCGGUCUCGGGUGGCUUGUUUGGCCAUCAGUCAACUGAUUGCUACUCCGUUUGCCUUCGGAUCCGUCUACUACGAACCGCUUUGGGCGAUGAUCACCCUUGGAAUUAGCUACUUCUUCGCCGAAAUGUGGUUCGGAAUCGUGUUCGCCGUCCUGGUGGAAAUCGUCCCGCUUCAGGUCCGUUCCACCACCAUCGGAGUGUUCCUGUUCGUGAUGAACAACAUCGGAGGCAACCUGCCCAUCCUAGUCGAUCCGCUGGCCAAGGCCAUUGGCUACCGUGGCUCCGUUAUGUUCUUCUAUGCCGGUUUCUACGGUAUCAGUACCGUUCUGUUCUUCAUCACGAUGUUCUUCAUGGACGGACCAAAGCCGGAACCGGCGGUGGCCAGUGACGAGCACCGGAACCAGGUGGAGAUGGGCCACGAGAACAACACCUUCCAGCCGGACGACUUCAUCAACGGCAUCGGAGGACCGAAGACCAACGGACACAACAUCGUGAACGUGAGGCCAUCCGAGAGCAGUAGACUGUAGGCGGACCGGGGGAGGGACAAGUUCACGGGGAGUGAACACUUAGUUAGGAUUUUUUUAACAAAUAGCUUUUAAGACUAGAAUAUCAAAAGGACAACCCGAAGAAUCUACCGAGCAGGAAUCAUAGAACCGUAAUGUGGUUAGCUUUCCUCCUGGCUGUGGAAAGGAAUCUCAUAUUUCAGUGUUUGUUUUAUCGUUCGUCGCUCUCAUUGAGAAUUUUAACCGCGUACCUCUUCUGACCUGACGGUUUUCGUUAACCGAUGAUCUGUACAAUGAAUAGGCAACGUUCUGAGUGCCACAAACCGUAGUUGAUUUUGUAUUUAAAUCGAAGUGAUAACUUAUUCCUUCAGACGUGUUUAAACAAUAAAACGAAAUUGUAUAAAUAAAAUUGGGUUUAUCAUUUUAAUUAUGAUGACAGAAAUGGACUAUUUGUUAUUGUGUAUUGUUUAGGGUAAGAAAUCAAACUUUGAACUAGUCAAAUUGUAAUCUUAAUUUGAACCAUUUCGAAAUUCAUUAAAACGACGUACUUUUAAGGCAAAUAUUGUCCCGAAAAAGAUGUUAAACAGCUUUCCGUAAUAUAACCUGAUAACAUGGACUUUAAAAGCA